AUGGAUUAAAUAUAAGAAGGAUAGUUUAUAAAAAAUAUAUUCGUUCUUUAAUAAAAUAGCUUUGGCUAUAUUAUUUCUAUUGUUGAUUUAGUAAAACUUAUUACUUCAAUAUCGAAUCCUUGCUUAAAAUAAGCAUUUAUAUCAUAUGAUGCUAAUUAUGUAUAUUCUAUAUGCCCUAAUGAUAUCAUAAUUUAUAAUAGAAUAAGCUUUGAGCAGUAGUUUUAUACUAUAAAUAGAGGUAUAUCUGAAGCAAAUAAUGUAAUAAGACGUAAAUAAUUAAGUUUAUGCUUCUUUGAUAGUGUCUAGCUAUGA